AUGUUUGAGAGUGGAUAUCUGGUGCCUUAUAUCGCUGAGAAAUUAACAACCAUCACCGCUACCGCCACUAGAUCACAGAGCCGGUCUCUCAUUGGAAGUGUCUUCUACCAGUACCUCAAUCAUCCACCCAGUGCCUCCACCUGGACUCAGAUUGAAGUACCCCGAUUUAGUACACUGGUGAUUGGUCUGUGCAUUUUAUCUCUGUCCAUUGCUGUCAUUGUUCUGGGUCCGUCAAUACAGACAUUUCUCUCGUUCUCCCCUCCAAGGCUACGCAAAAAAUCAUCUACACCCAGACGGUUUUGCAUAACAAUUGUCCUUUUGACGUUUCUAUCAUGCUGGCUUCUGCUUGGUGUGGCUCUAAUUUUUACGGUUGUUGUCUUCUCAGAAAACAGCCUGGCGGAUUCCCAGCGUUCCGGUUUUGUUAGCCGCAUUGACAAGAUUUCUAACCGAACAUUUGUACUCUUACGAGCACUGACGAAGGAAACUAAGUCGGUAGCCGAUGUCACUGUUCGUGGUCUUAUAAGUGAUUUUUAUAAUGAUCUCACUCUAGAAGUACCUACAAUCACUGCACAUUUUUUAAAUCAAACCAAUCUGAACACUCCAUUGACAAUACUUGACGAUUUAUCGCAAACCGUGGAAGAUUUGCUCAAAGCGCAUACCUGUCUACGGGAGAGUGGUCCUCAAGUGACAUUGGAAUUGGAGAAGCUGGAUUCAAACAUUCGAGUGAAUGGAGAAAUGUUGUUUCAAGAGAUCCAGAGGACAAGCCGAGAGUGUGCUGCCUUCACCGACCACCUUCCUUCGCUCAAACCGUUUGGAGAGGCAAUCUCACAACUGAUGACUGGACUCUACGAUGAGGAGAACCAUGUGGACACAUUUUUCCACCUUUUCCAUUUGGAAAGUAGUCUUGGCCUUUUUAAUAUGCUAAAUGUCCUUCCAUUCAACGUCUCCACAGUCAUUGCCCAACUUAAGACUGCAGUCAGUGUGCGGAAAGAGCUUGAAGCGUCCAUUCGCGGUAGGAUAGAAGAUCGGUUCUCCCACAUGUCCAAUGAAGUCCUCAAAGCAGUAGAUGGUCUAUCGUUCUACAUCGAUGAAGCGUUGGUGAAGAUUGAUGAAAUGGAACAUUCAUAUCAUCAGACAAUGGGACACGUAAAUGGAGGUUUAAAGGUGCUAAAAGGCGUCUGGAUUAUUGUCUACUUCAUUGGAGUGAUGGUGAUAACAGCUCCACUGGUUCUGCUCUUUUGUUCCUGUCUCUGUCCACGUCAUAGCAUGAAGGUGGCCGUGAAAAAGGUCUCUCCACUGCUGACAACCAACGAGUUGAUUUCAGCUUCCUCGUCUGGAUGUGGUUCUUCUGAAGAUGAGGACUCUACUCUGACUCCAAUUUUAGCACAGGAAAGACGGUUAGACUCCUCAACAGUAUUCCUCCCCAAUAGUGACUAUCUCGACAGUCAUGAAUUACUUAUUCGGCAAGUGCAAGACAGCUCCAUUUCCUGUGACUCCGACAGUGGAUGUCCCCGAAGCGAUAGCCGGGAUUUGGGUGUGUGGUCCCGAACUAGUACGUUUGACACACUGGAUGAGGCCACAUCGAGGCAGUGCUGGGGCGCUCAUUGUCAAGGUGGCGAUGUUAAGCCCCGUCACUGCAAAGGCUGUGCUCACCUAAUCUCCUGCUGUGGAUUGCUUCUUCUCUCCCUUAUCUGCCUUCCUCUCCUCUUCGGUUUGGGAUAUUUUCAUGUCCAUCUCGUUGACUGGGAGGAUCGCCUUGCGCUUCCCCCUCGGUGGGCUUCUGCACUGACAUCACUGGUUCCUGCCGCCUCAGUGUGCCUUCCACUCGUGCCUAACAGCCCACAGCAACUGCAAUUGGAUAGUGAAUUAAAUGCCAUCAUGGCGAGCAGCUGGAAUGACUGGAUGCGCCUAGCGUCCUCCUUCAUUCAUCGGCAUCUACGCCAACUUGGCGGCAUCACAGAUGCUUCAUUCAACCUCACAAACUAUCUUCGAGUUGACCGGCCACGCAAUCUGCUUUCGGGAUUGCUCACCCGCUGUUCACCGCCGUGGGGUAAUCAAAGCUUCUUCAAGGCGAUUUCGCUGCAAGCGCAGCUCAAUUUUUCCGGACUGCUGGAGAUACCUGUGGUGAAGAUCAAGUCAGAAGAGUUUAAGGCCUAUCUCGUUGAUCAAGCCGUGCUAAUGAUGGUGCAGAAACUAGAAGUCGGCUUACUGCCACUUAACUUCGAGCUUCUCCUUCAAAACCUCAUCGUACAAACGCCAAAUGCAACUUCGGGCGAAUCUGGAAGUGCAACAGUGCUUGCCACGGUCAACAGGUUUUGGUUGCAGGCAAUCGGCGGUGCGGUAGAAAGGAAGAAGGCAAUAAAAUCUUCGUUGGCGAAUUUGCAAAGAUAUCGACAACUCCAAAAACAGGUUGUAUCACUUCGUCGAGGCCUCGAACAGGAGUUGUCUCAGGCACAAAACAUUUCCACCUCCUGUUCUGCUCGUCUCUCGCAAUCUCUCCGCAUUUCCAAUUAUGGUCUGCGUCUCAUGCGAUCUACUGCAAGGAGUAUACGACUCAAGGAUCACUUGGAAAAUCUCUACAAGGCUGCCACCACCCUCAAUGAAAUAAGCAAACGGCCCACAUUCACAAAAAGUAUUUCCAACUUCGCUCAACUGGCGUACAGCAUGGGACUAUCGAAGGCAUCAACGAAUGCCUCGAGAGAUGAAUUGUUGCAAUGCGUGAAUCGGACGAUUGGUUUGGAGUAUGAGCGUUUGGCAUCAGCAUUUGAGAGCCACUACGCCGCUAGGUCUGUGAAUGUGUGGAUCGCUGCAGCUUUGGAUCGAUUCACGGCGCCCUGUCAACGGUUGGGAGCUAUCGCCUGGGAUGUUGUAGGCAGCACCUGUAUCAUCUCACCUCUGCAGCAACGACCUCCACAAAACCAAUUCGUUCCCGUUGUACAGCGUGUGGCAGCGGUCGGCGUUGUCAUCCUAUUGUUUGUAUCCCUCUACUCCUGCCUCUGCAUCAUCUACAUUUGUAUUACCAGAUCGUUCUCCUGCAAGACGGUGUAA